AUGGCCCCCAUAAGACGCUACCUCCGAAUCAGCAAAUACUCCGUCCUAGAAUGUCGCAUCUUCCUCGAAAACCCGGCUGAUACGCGCUGGCUGCUAGACACCACUUCUCGAGAUCCGGUCCUACCGCGAAUAUUUAAUACUAUCAAACCGCAUGUGUUACCUAAACUGCGGGAGGAGAAUGAGCGCGCUUUAGCGAAGAAGAAGAGUAAUCCGGUUAAGGAUGUUUUGGUUGAGGAGGAUUUCGAAGUCGCGAUAUUCCUGCGCGAGUCUGGGACAAGACAUUCGCUACUUACGAAGCAGAAGACGUUUGGGAAUCGAGAGAGGAUAAAGAGUAACUCGAAUAUACUCACCGGAUCAGCGACGACGGAAAUUCUCGUGGAAAGUGAUGAUGAAGAUAACCCUCGAACGGGGAUCAAUAUGAGUGAUAUACCCGAGGUAGCUGAUUCAGAAGACUCAGAUACAGAAAAACGGACUGGGAAUGCUGCAGCAGAGACUACGGAUAAUAUCAAUGACAAAAAGCUUCAACUUACGACAAGUUACGAGGGAUUCAGUAUUUGGGGAUGGGUUUUGUGUCUGCUUGUGACGCGAAAGGGUCAUAAGAGUCGUAAAGGAGGAGCUGGUGGUUCUGGGGCGGUUGCUUCUGGACAGGCUCUGAUGGAGGAGUGGAUUGGGACGCAGAUGCAGCCGGGCCUUGAUGAGGAUUAGACUGGUUUCGUCAGCUUGCAAGUUAUAGUGUCGACAGCAUUUGUUGUACGAAGCAUUUUGUUGGAUGCUCGUCUAUCUUAGACCGGAAUAGGUCGCUGGACGUCAUAGCAUGCGAUAUCUACAAGGGAUAAAGUUAUCUACCCAGCAUUGCUCAAAUGUUCCACACGAAUCGAUAGACGCGCCAUGGAGACAGACCUUUUCACCGACUAUAACAUCGCCCACGGUGGACAGCAGCAUAUCCCCCUCCAAUAACCUUAGUUAUUGACAUGGUCUGGCUCAUGGAAUUCGUCAACCAGACUCAGCGGUGUCUGAAUCAGGAAAACCAAGCAUCAUCUCAACAUGCUGAACAUUUCAACCUCCAUGAGUCUUUCAGCCACAGACAAAGCUGUCUUCUUUGCGCCCUAUCAUGAUUGCCGCUUAGAGGUUUGUCGAAAAUUACUAACCUUUCACGGUGCCCAAAAAGGCUAGUCUAACAGGUCAAACAGCAUGACACAAUUGCCGGCGCGUCACGGGCAAACUGAGCUCAUUUCUUCCCCUAGACAAUCUCUGUAAUUUAUUCUGCAACUUACUGCCCUCUCCUCU